ACUUAGAGUACUUGGAUCUAACGGAGGACAUGACACAAAACCGAGCGCAAUGGCGUUCCAGGAUUCAUAUAGCCGACCCCACUUAGUGGGAAAAGGCUUUGUUGUUGUUGUUGUUGUUGGCACUAGCAACUCCAGUGACUUGGAUUCUGGUAGCUUUUUGCAACCAGAUUCCUCAGCAGGAGCAUUUAACAAUUCCAACAGUUCAACUGUAGUGGAUAGAGUGCAGCCAGAGCCUUCUGUAUUAGACAGGUUGGCUGAUGCGUGCACUAACGAUGGAAAAAAAUCUGAAGGUCUGGCGCAGGGCGGAGAUGUUUCCAGUGUAAGAGCAGGGUCAAAAUCUGACGAUGUGGAGAGAAUAAUGUCACAGAUGCAUGAUCUCUCGUUUAUGCUCGAAAGCACUCUUUCAAUCCGUCCCAAGCAAGACAGAUUACAUCCGCCCUCUAAAGAUUGAGACGUAAUUUAUUUGUGUUUUUAUCAUGCAAUGUUUGUUGUGCAUCAUGUAAUUCUAGUUUUAUAUGUUCCAUUUGUUCGCAAUUUUGUAUUUUAUUCUUUAUAAUCUUAUGUAGAAAUCAAAGAAAUAUACUGGAAGUUUUUUCUACACGGCGAUCGGAAUGCCUGUGAUCGGACAGUAUGUGUAUUUUAACCAAAAGGCAGCAAGUGCAGAAAGAAUUGAAGAAGAAUAUGAAAUUUUACACACAAAAAAAGAAAGAGUUGGGAAGGCGGGGUCUGUAGGACAACCGUGUGACCACUCCAAGCAUCACAGGGCUGUAAGUGACGCUCUGUUCGCACGGUCACGGUUCAAGUAAGGUAUGAAUUGUGAGUACGGAAAUGACGAUGUGGGAAUGAUGUUGUUGUGCUUUGUAUAUUUUUGCUGCUCACAAGUCACAACUAUCUGCCAAGGUUUUGCCUUCAAUUCAACCACAUUGAAGCAACUACCAUAUAAAAAUCAAGGAUUCCAAUUCAGAAAGAGUAUACCUAUUGAGAAAGGAGAAAGCUGUUGAUAAAGCUGUAAGGAAGAUUAUGGUGGGUUUGGAAGCAGAGGAAAUGAGAAGUAGAGCUUGAGAACUUGCAGAGCAGGCAAAGAGGGCUACUGAGAAAGGAGGAUCAUCAUAUUCUGAUUUGAAUGCCCUAAUUGAAAGUGUUGAAAUCUCGUGAUUAAAAUGUUGGAGCACACAUUUGGAUGAGGCUUUACUUGAUGAAUAUUUCAGAUGCCUUUUUAAUCGAAAUGGUCCCUCAGAUUAGUACAAGUCUUUAAUUUUGUCCAUAGCAAUGAAAAUCAAUAAAUGUAGUCCUUACGUUUGAAUUUCCA